UAGAGAGCAAAAGCAUUGAGGUUAGCUUUUUGUUCUUGAUGGGAGCUUUGCUGAGAUCUAAUAAUGUGUGAUAGUUCUUUUGCAUGUUCUUUGGGGCUUUGAACAAACUAUAUACUUUGGUGGUUAUGACAUCAUGAUCAUAUAAGCUAGUGUUGGGUCUCCUCACAAUUCUGUGAUGUAUUGUGGUGAAAGAGAGGACAGCAAUGUGGAGGUCACGCAGUGCUCCAGAUCUGCUGAGACAACAGAGAGCCACUCAACACCAGCCGGGGAGAAAAUCUCCUGGGAGAGCUUCUUGAUAAGGGCGGAGACAGACAGAAGAGUCAACAACUCCAUGCCAGGGACUUUUCCUGAUUUUUCACCGACCAAGAGAGGUUCUAAAAGCACUACAGAUAUUCCUCAUCCAAGCAUUUGCUUGCUUCCUCCCUGCCCUUCAGACAACGCAGAUAAAGAGCAGAGUAAUUGGCGUCGCUGUUCAUUGAUUGAAACCAACAAUGUCUCAAGGUUCCGUCGACAUGCUCUCAGUGUCCCAAACAUGGGCUCAUCCAGCCCGCUCCAUUUCCUUAACAGCACUCCUCUUCUCAGCAGCCCUAUCUCACCAGCACACAGCAGCAUUUCUAGCCCUGGAAGAGAAAUAGAGAGGCUUGCCAAGGCUCGCAGUAAACUCCUGGAGAGUGAGAACCAACAAACACCCAGAAUUCCCCGUGAAACCAGAGAGCAACAUCGCUAUGUGUCCAAGGAUGGGAAGUGCAGAGUCAACCUGGGCCAUAUUGAUGAAAGGGGUCGUUUUCUGUCUGAUAUUUUUACUUCUUUUGUGGACCUCCAGUACCGCUGGUUUCUAUUUGUUUUCAUGAUGUGCUAUAUAACGACUUGGUUCUUAUUUGCUGGGCUCUAUUACAUUAACGCAUCCAUUAGAGGUGACUUAGUACAAGGGCGACCUCUUGGUACUAAUCAGAACAAAUAUGGGGAACAAUAUGCUUGUUACGUGGGUAUAGACGGUUUCAUUUCCGCUCUCCUCUUCUCUGUGGAAACACAGCGUACCAUUGGUUAUGGUUCAAGGACUGUUUCCGCUUCCUGCCAAGAGGGCGUCCUGCUUGUCAUGUUGCAGUGCAUUGUAGGCUCCAUGAUAGAUGCCCUCAUGGUGGGCUGUAUGUUUGUGAAAAUAUCCCGCCCUAAAAAGCGAGCUGAGACACUUCUUUUCAGUCGUACAUGUGUCAUUGCAAACCGGGAUGACCAGCUAUGCCUGAUGUUUCGUAUCGGAGACCUGAGAGAAAGUCACAUGGUGGAUGCAAAGGUUAGAGCAAAGUUAAUCAAGUCCCGCCAGACAGCCGAGGGAGAAUUCCUGCCUCUUGAACAGACAGAGAUUGAUCUUGGUUAUGAAACUGGAUCGGACAGACUUUUCCUCGUUGAACCUCAAGUCAUAAAGCACAACAUUGAUGUCAACAGUCCUCUGUGGAACCUGGGCCCUGAGCAACUUAGACGGCAACAGUUUGAGAUAAUUGUUAUCUUGGAAGGAAUUGUUGAGGCCACAGGAAUGAUGUGCCAAGCCAAAACAUCUUACAUUGAAACAGAGAUUGAGUGGGGUGCACGCUUUGAACCAUGUAUGACAUUGGAGAAAGGCUCAUUUCGAGUGGAUCUGCGUCGGUUUCACAGCACCUACAAGGUACCACUGCCUAACUGUAGUGCCAGCCAAGCACACCAGCUGAUGCUUCUGGCUGAUUGCAAUGCCCAAAGCCACAAGGCCUGCAGAGACUGGGUAGCUUUUGCAGAGAGAACAGCUAUGGAGGACAAGGACAAGUCUCCGUCUCAUGUUCGGUUUACUAUCGGUGACAUUCAGGAGGAAAGGUCAGACAGUAAUGAAAACGAAGCAAGUGCAGAGCAGAUUCUGUAAUAGAAUCCUGGAAGGACUUCAAAGAUUUACUUUACUUUUAAAUGUGUAUAGAUUCAUCUAUUGAUAAACAAAUUUUGGUUAAGCAUUUUUUCACUAAAAUUGACAUGGAUUGUAAAAAAGCAAGAGCAUGAAUAAAAUGUAAUACUGACAAAUAGACUGCACUUUACUGCCCUAUUUUUGUAUUUUUGCUUGAGAUUGUGUAUGACUUGGUUUGGACAGAUUUUAUCCUAGAAAUGUUAUAAGGCUUAAAAGAGCUCCUCCAGCUUAAGGUGACCAGAUUUUUAUUUUACAUUAAGGAAUUAAGGGGCAUCUAUUGCUCAGAGAUAGAACAAAAAAUUUAAUAAAAAAAAUGAUUAAGAAUUUUUGCAUAUUUACUCAUUAAGCAAUAAAAAGUGUAACAUCCGGAAUGUGUCUUUCCUUACUAUCAUGGGGAAGUGGGGGUGCUGGGGGUCCUGCAGCACAUCCUGGUGGCGAUGGGGAGAGAAAAAACAUAUGCUGAAUAUGUUCAGCUUGUCCCACGCAUAAUUAUUAUGAUAGAUGUUACCAUGUAUUUGUGACUGGGUAUAAUUAAAUAAUAAUCACUAUAUUGUCAAAGAUUUGGGGGAAUUUAAUGUUGAUCCCACCAGAUUGUUCACCACACAGGUGCAGAUCAUCAGCCUCAUAACCAGAGCGGCACAAGAGGAGCAGGUCACCACUAUUCUUUGAUGGAGUUUUACCCUAUAUGGUAACAUUUAGCCCUCAUGAUUCGCACUCAUACUGUUAGUCAAUUUAUGCAGUUUAAAACCGGGUUAGCCAUUGUCUGGGGCCCCCCAGCCCGCUCGGGGCCACAAAAAAUUGCUUGUUUUGCUUGCUUUGUUGCAGCGGGCCUGAAUACAGGAAGGGGUUAGGGUCUGACAAACUCCGCCAUUUGUACUGUGGUCCCUCUCCACUCCUUUUCUGCACAUAUUUGACUCAGAUUCUGCAUGUGCCUUUCUCUGCCUGGGGUCCAUUUAACGAAGGAGGUUUACUGAAAACUAAGUUUUCUAAACCUGAAGUAUGGGAAAAUCUGAGUUUUCCGUUUUACAAAGAGAGUUUACUCAACCUCUGUUUUAGUCACCAUAGUAACAUUCUCCCUAGAGCUAACCUGGUCGGGAACAGGUUUUCUUCAGUAAACACGGAGUGUCCUCUGUCUCCAUUUUUUUUUUAACUUUCUGAAAUUUCUACUGGAAAAAUGUAAUUACAGUUCACCAUUUUAUUUUCUGAUUUAAUCAGGAGAGUCUGGUCGUAGUUUUGUGCAUACAAUGAAAAAAUAUAAUACGCACACUGUUUUUUUUUUUUUUUUUAAACAAAUAUCGCAUGUCAUUUGACGAGGAUCAUAUCAGAGAAUGAUGGGCACUUUCUUCACCAAUAAUUAAAGGGAGAUGAUUCUACAACUCAGUUUAUUUGUUUUUGAUUUGUUUAAUAUGAGCCACAAGCGGAUCAUUUUAUUUUUUCUGUUUAUUUUUACAGUAGUUGCUUGAGGAAUUACUAAGAUUAUUUUGAGAUUAAAUAUUAAUAGAUUUGUUAAUUCAGCUGUUGAUUCAGAUAGUAAUACGCUGCUGCCAGAUGUUUGACCCUAAAUAGUAUACAUUGAUUCACUACUAUUCAAGGAAUAAACCCGUUAUAUCAUCAUGUUCACAAUUUCUAUGGCAAGCCAAUUUGAUAUGUCACUGUCUUGGUUCUGUUAUGUUUUACUUUGCUCCAUGUUUUCCAGUUUUAUUGGUUUAAUUCCUAUUUUGUUGUAUUUUCUGGAUAUAUUUGAGUUCUUAGGUUUUUAUUUGUUGCCGUCUU